UUUCAACAACAUCAUGAAUAGUAAUAAGAAAGAGUUUGAGUCACAACAUCAACACAACAGGACAUCCUUCCUGAUUGAGGAUAUCCUCUAUAGGCAAAAGGAGGCUGUGGAGGAGGAGAAGGUGUUUCAGCAGCCGAAAAGACAGGAAAAAAGUGCGUACGGGUACUUUCAGCCGGUGCAAAAUAGUGGAUGUGCAGUGCAAGGGUUCCAAGGGCCUGAAAAUGGAUAUAUUCAGGUCAUGGGGGCGCUGGGGGCCUAUCUAGGCACGCCGUAUAAGACCAUGACGGAUCCCUAUUUUUUAACGCAAGGCAUUCCCUUCCACCAUGCCCUUUUCGGCACCUCAACGAGCGAAAUCUCCCUCAACGCCCUCAAACACUGUCGGCGUCGGAAAGCCCGAACCGUCUUCAGUGACCCUCAACUCACCGGUUUAGAAAAGCGUUUUUCCUCCCAACGAUACCUCUCAACUCCUGAAAGAGUCGAAUUGGCGAGUGCUUUGAGUCUCAGCGAAACACAAGUCAAAACUUGGUUCCAGAACCGACGGAUGAAACACAAGAAACAAAUGCGGAAGUUGCAAGAGGAAAAGGCGGCGACGAGCGGAAGCACAACGGAGAAAAAUCAAAGAGGCGAACUUGGGGUCGAUUUCGCCGGCAAAUCGUUGACAAAUUCCGACUUGAGUGACUGCGAGAGCGACAUCGACAUAGUUGGCGAUGCAAAAAACCUCCCUUAUUCAUACAAAGGAGCUUAA